AUGAGUAGCAUCAAAUCUCAUGAUAAAGAGUUUAUCUCUUCAUUUCCAGAGAAUGAAAAAAACAUUGAAGCUGAAGAAAGCAAAAGCACUCUUUCAUUUAAAGAUGGAUUGGAUGCUCCAAAGGGAGAGAUGAAGAGGAAUUUCUCCAACCUAAGCCUUGCCAUGAUUGGGUUUUCUUUGACAAACAGUUGGUUGGGUAUUUCUUCAAGUUUGGUUACUGGUAUCCAAUCUGGUGGUCCCAUCUUGAUUGUUUAUGGUAUUCUCAUUGUUGCUUCUGUAUCUGUUUGUAUUGCUAUAACAUUGGGUGAAAUGGCUAGUGCUAUGCCCUCGGCUGGUGGUCAAUAUGUUUGGGCAAGAGUAUUGGCGCCAAAAAGAUAUGCUAGUUUUUGGGCUUAUAUUACUGGUAGUAUAUCAUGGGGUGGUUCCAUUUUCACUUCAGCAUCAAUGUGUUUGGCAUUGGCUUUGGAGUUGUUGGGAUUUUGGAAUUUAAACCAUCCAGAUCAUGUCACCAAGAAAUGGGAGAUUUUCAUCAUUUACAAUAUUGUCAAUUGGUUUUUGUUUUUGUUUAAUGUUUGGCAUCGGUUCCUACCAUUUAUUGGAAACAGUAUCUUCACCAUUAGUUUAUCUUCAUACACAAUCAUCUUGAUUACAGUGUUGGUUUGUUCAAGAGGCAACUACAAUUCACCUCAUUUUGUCUUUGUUGAAUUCACAAAUGGUACAGGCUGGCCAUCAAAGGGUAUUGCAUUUAUUGUGGGGUUAAUUAACCCAGCUUGGUCAUUUGCUUGUCUUGAUAGUGUUACCCAUUUGAGUGAGGAAACUUCACAGCCAGAAAGAGAUAUUCCCAAGGCGGUUUUAUCAACAGUGGCUAUUGGCUUCACCACUGCAUUUACAUAUUCCAUUGCCAUGUUUUUCUGUAUUCGUAAUCUUGAUACCAUUAUCAAUUCUACUACUGGUAUGCCAGUUCUUGAUAUUUAUUACCAAGCAUUGAACAACAAGGUUGGUGCUACGUGUUUGGGAUCAUUGGUUUUCCUCACUGCUUCAGGAUGUACCGUUGCUUGUCAAACAUGGCAAGCUAGAUUAUGUUGGAGUUUCGCAAGAGACAAUGGUAUGCCAGGUUCCAAAUACUUGUCAAUCAUUGAUCCAAAGACUGGUGGCCCAUUGUAUGCCCAUUUAUUUUCAACGGUUAUUGUGAGUAUUGUUUCAGUAUUGGUGUUUUCCGAUGCUGCAUUGCAAGCCACGGCAUUGGCAUGUGUUUCGUUUUUGGUCAUUGCUUAUGCCAUCCCAACAAUCUGUUUAUUAGUAAGAAGGCGUCAAAUUCGUCAUGGACCAUUUUGGUUGGGUAAAGUAGGUGCUUUUUGCAAUUGGGUCCUUUUGGCGUGGAUGGUGUUUGUUUUGGUGUUUUUCUCAUUCCCAGCAUACUACCCUGUUACAGCCGAAGGUAUGAAUUAUUUCUGUGUUGUGUUGGUGGUUUACGUUGCUUGUAUGCUUAUUUAUUGGUGGUUCCCCAUUAAAAAAUACGCUUGUAAAUACAAUUUCAGAGGUGGACAACACAACAAAGAGGAAGUAGAGUUUCCCCAUGUUUGUUUGACCGAGUGGUGA